CCCAGCUAUGUGUCGCUCGCUGGGGGUGCUGACGAGGGCCCUGGGCCUAGCACCGCCGAGCAGCAGCAGGUUCCCGCGCUUGACCAGCAGCCACCACAGCAGCAGCCGCAGCAGCAGCAGCAGCCGCAGCAGCAGCAGCAGCAGCAGCCGCAGCAGCAGCAGCAGCCGUCGCAACAGUAGCAGCAGCAGCAGCCGCAGAGGCGG